AAAUCUAACAAACAGGUCGCAACGGCGGCAAUCGCGAAUCCCCUAGUCUCCGUUAGAGGCCCCCGAUUGCAAGCGCUCUCCGGCUAUACUUCGAAGGUGUCCGACAAGUCUCUUGUUGUUUGCCAUCCUUUGAGCGUGUCGAUUAGAUCCCUUCGCCGGCGGAAAGCAGGAGCUGCAGGCUGCAAUGGCCAUUUUUUUCUCCGACCAGUUCACAGGGAGAGUGGAAGCCCAGGCAAUGCAGUCUUCUUCAUUGGAGGCUUUGUGCUGGGAGGAAUUAUGGCUGGAACACUUGCUUGUGUUUAUGCACCUCAGAUCAGCAAAGCACUAACUGGAACUGACAAAAAAGAUCUAAUAAGGAAGUUACCAAAAUUCAUCUACAAUGAAGAGAAAGCUUCAGAGAAAUCGAGAAAGGCACUGGCGGAGAAGAUUGCACAACUCGACUCCACCAUUGAGGAUGUUUCUUCUCAAUUCCGACCAGAUGAUGAGCCAAAUGGAGUGGCUGUGACUUCCGACGAGUUUGAAGCUGCAAAAUAAGAUCAAGUUGGGGGCAUGAAU